AUGAACUGGGGUUGGCUUGAGGACCUGCUCCGUGAUGUCAAUGUCUACUCCACAGCCUUCGGCCGCAUCUGGCUCUCCCUGGUCUUCAUCUUCCGCCUGCUGGUUUACCUGGUGGCAGCCGAGAAGGUCUGGAGCGAUGACCAAAAGGACUUCGAGUGCAACACCAAGCAGCCGGGCUGCACCAACGUCUGCUUUGACCACUUCUUCCCCGUCUCCCACAUCCGCCUCUGGGCCCUGCAGCUCAUCCUGGUGACCUGCCCGUCCCUCCUGGUGCUCAUGCACGUGGCCUACAGGAAGGCCAAGGAGGAGAGGCUCCGUGAGAUCCAAGGGGACAAUUACCGCCGCAUCUACCCCAACCCCGGCAAGAAGCGGGGCGGGCUCUGGUGGACGUAUCUGCUCAGCCUCGUCUUCAAGGCCUGCGUGGAUCUGGUUUUCCUGUACGUCUUCUUCCGCCUCUACAGGAACUACACCCUGCCCCGGCUGGUGAAGUGCGAGCUGCAGCCCUGCCCCAACACUGUGGACUGCUUCAUCUCCCGGCCCACCGAGAAGAACAUCUUCACCCUCUUCAUGGUGGUCACCACCUGCGUCUGCGUGGUGCUGAACCUCAUCGAGGCCACCUACCUGAUCGGGAAGCGGUGCCACGAGUGCCUGGAGGUCAAAGGAGGGGACAGCAGGAGGAACAGCCACGACUACCCCAUGUCCUGUGCCAACCCCGUGGGCACGGGCGGGCAGGUGUUCCAUGGGGCUGACUACAAACCCCCCACGGCCACCACCCCGCUCACAGCCUCCUGUCCCAGCACGCUGCCCAAGGAUGAGGCUGGUUCCUAG